UGGCGCACAUCCUCUCAGCUGCAUUUUCACCACGGUUCAAUCGUGCUUCCGGUCACACACCUUGUAUUCUCAUCAUAUAGUGUUGUACAUUAUCACAUAUUUUUUAUUAAAUGUAAUAAUUUUAAAACUAGUAAUUGAGACCAUAAAUAAAUUAGUUUUAUAUAAUAUGGUUAUUAAUUAAAAUAGCCUUGUUUUUAUAAAUAUAUAGAUUCAUGUGUUAUUAUUUUUAAGUAAAUUGGGGGGAAAUUUACAACUAUUUUCUUGUGCUCCGGUUUUAAUGUUUUUGUUUUUGUUUUUUGUUUUUUUGUUAAUAUAUUACUGAUAGACCAAGGUCAUUGUGUAUGGGUAUAGUGGUUGUUUUUAUGGAACUAUGAAUUAUCUGCUUUUAUUUGAAAGUUUCCUACAAACAGAAAUAGAAACAUAAACAAGGUUGAAGAAUUUUAAGUAAGUUCAGUUUGAGUAAACGAACUCAUCCUUUACAGUGUACAAACCUAUGUACAAAGUUAAAAUAAGUUAAAACAGAAUUUUUUUAAAAAUAUUGAGGACAAUAUAUUCUUAAGAAUUUCUGCUAUUGAUUAUAUAGGACGCUUGCGUGAACGGUGAACGCCUCAUCACAGAACAAGUAGCCUGUGAAUAUAGUCCACACUUAGCGGCGCUGCCCUCUUGUGGAGGAAGAGGUGAAGUGCCGGCUUUGGCUAGAAAGAUGAUGAUGGUGAUGAGCCUUGUAGCAAGUGAACACAGUGUCAGCAGCAGGCGCAGAGAGGCUCAGUACACACGAGAAGCCGCUAAAGGCCACCGCGUUGCUGCGCUGUAAAUUAUGUACAGAAGUUACGGACAGUGUUCGGCUUCAGCGGCCGCUUAACGGCGACGCAGCGAAGCGUUGAGCAGGGAAACCGGUGAACCCCGCGGCGGCUGGAGCAUCGGCAGGGACUGGAACACGUUCGGGAACAAGCUCCGCGGUUUUUCUCUGUCACGCAGACCGAGGCUCGACGGCUCCACCGGCGAUUUUUGUAACCGCGGAAAGCACUUGAAAAUGUGAAGGGGAAAUUAAAAGAAAGGAACGAAGUCGCCAUUGUUUUUAUAGGUUUAUAUAUAGUGUAUAUAUAAAUUCGUUUUUGGUAGAGGGUGUGAUACGAUUUUGUAGACACAAAGCCCAGUGUAAAUAUCACGUCUUUAGGGUUUGUAAAUAGAUGCAGGGAAAAACGAAGGAGAAAAGGAUGUUCGCUGGAGACCGACUUUAUCUGCUGUCUGCUUUACUGGGUACGACCAUGGUCCACUGAGCGUUUACAGAGAAGACCAUUUGACUGCAACGGCCUGAUGCCCCUCCUUAUUAAAGGCUGUUAUUGGAAGAACUAGGAGACGUGAGGGGUUUCUUUGAUUAGUGCUUUUUUAAAUACAUGGAGGAACUGAAGAAAAUGUAGAAAAGGAUGUAGAAGAAGGAGGAAGCUUCCACCUACUGUUUUUGUUUCACCUGCUGUUUAAAUAAAGGAACAAAAAAGGAAAAAAAACAAAGGCAAAAGAUCUGUGUCACCAGUUUGAUCAAGGAAAGGCUGCGGUCGAUUGCUGCACUUGAAGUACAGCCUGUCAGACUUAGAGGAGUAACUUGGUGACCACAGAAAGAGAGAGACGGGGACUGACAGAGGAGCAAAGGUUUGGAGGAGGAGGAAGAGGAGGAGAAGGGCAAGAAGGGUUGGCCGAGGCCUUUUCCAAUGGCUACUGACCCAGGAGAGCCCACAGGCACAGAUGACUCCUCAGAGAAACCUGAUGGACAUAAGGAAGGGGACGCAGCUUGGAAGGACAAUGACAACCAGCAGUUGGAAAGGACAAAAAGGACUCCCUCAGAUUUUUCCUCCUCUCAGCCACAAACGCAAAGAACACCAUGUAGGAAGCAGGAAGGAGGAUCAACCCAACGAGAAGGAAUGGAGACAACAGUUGAACCCAUUUCAUUCACCUCGCCCUCCUUACCUCUAGACACGGGUCAGAAAAGACUCAGAGGAGAGAAGCGCUUCUUUAGGAAAAGCGUUGAGAUUUGUGAGGAGGAGGACGAUGUGGAGGUGCCGACCGACGGACCCCACAGUGCUCCACACCUGGACUUGCAUUCCACAGACUCAGUCUUCACCAGCAGAGCUCCACCACAGGGGGUGGCAUCGUCCUGUGCCGCCCCUGGCCACGACCCAUCGUCUAUCAGCACCACCCAAGAACAUGGCAGGGACACCCCGUUCUCUGCACCCAUCCAGAGGGUAAAGGAGCGGGACCGCGAGCAGGAGGAGGAGGCGGAGAUGAAGGCGGUGGCCACCUCCCCCGGAGGAAGAUUUCUCAAGUUUGAUAUCGAACUGGGCAGAGGGGCGUUCAAAACUGUGUACAAAGGCCUGGACACUGAGACGUGGGUGGAGGUGGCCUGGUGCGAGCUGCAGGACCGCAAACUCACAAAGGCAGAGCAGCAGCGCUUCAAGGAGGAGGCGGAAAUGCUUAAAGGGCUUCAGCACCCUAACAUCGUUCGCUUCUAUGAUUCCUGGGAGUCCGUGCUUCGGGGCAAGAAGUGCAUUGUUCUGGUCACUGAACUUAUGACGUCAGGAACACUCAAAACCUACCUGAAACGCUUCAAAGUGAUGAAACCCAAGGUUCUGAGGAGCUGGUGUAGACAGAUCCUGAAGGGUCUUCACUUCCUUCACACCAGGACUCCUCCAAUCGUCCAUCGGGACCUCAAAUGUGACAACAUCUUCAUCACGGGCCCCACGGGAUCAGUCAAAAUUGGCGACCUGGGACUGGCCACACUGAUGAGGACUUCCUUUGCCAAGAGUGUCAUAGGAACUCCAGAGUUCAUGGCUCCAGAGAUGUAUGAAGAGCACUACGACGAGUCUGUGGAUGUGUACGCCUUUGGCAUGUGCAUGCUGGAGAUGGCUACAUCAGAAUAUCCCUACUCCGAGUGUCAAAACGCAGCUCAGAUCUAUCGCAAAGUCACAAGUGGUAAAAAACCAGCCAGUUUUGAUAAAGUAAAUGACCCCGAGAUUAAAGAGAUAAUCGAAGGCUGCAUUCGCCAGAACAAGAGCCAGAGGCUGUCCAUCAAAGACCUUCUGAACCAUGCCUUCUUCGGUGAAGACACCGGAGUUCGAGUGGAGUUGGCGGAGGAGGACACGGGCACUGAGGACUGUUUGGCUCUCAGGAUUUGGGUGGAAGAGCCGAAGAAGCUGAAAGGAAAGCACAAGGACAAUGAGGCCAUUGAGUUUAGCUAUGACCUGGAGAAUGAUAGUGCUGAGGAGGUGGCCCUGGAGAUGGUCAAGUCAGGUUUCUUCCACGAAAGUGAUGCCAAGGUGGUGGGAAAGUCUAUCCGAGACCGUGUCAGUCUGAUCAAAAAGUCACGUGAGCGCCGGCAUCUGCAGCUCCUUCAGCAGCACCAGGUCUUUGAAGAAAGGCGAGACUCCACUCUCACGUCACACACGUUUUCUCAGGCCUCCUGCCCCUCGUCCCAGGGGCCGGGGGCCGGUGUACAGGCAGUUGGAGGACGAGAGACUGAGGAGCUGCCUGAAGUAGACCAGUAUGUCAGACAGCAGGACAUCCUCAGAGGGACAACCCUCAGUCUGCCAGGUGAGAGCAUUGGCUCGACCAGCUGUGAGUCAUGUACAAGUGGACAGAGCUUGGUGUACACACAAGGAGGGGAGUCAUUCAGUCAAUCCCAAACUGCUCUCCCAUCCAUGACACCUAUGUUUCCUUCUGGUGAGAGUGGCAGUGUUCCAAACGUGCCUCCUGGUCAAAGUGUCAGUAUACCCGGCAUACCAACAGGACAGGGCGGAGGGGGGCCUGUCGGUCAGACAUUUCUGGCACCCAGUACCAUGGUUUCACAGCAACAAACAUUUCAAUUAGAUACAUUUCAAACAGCCACCCUCCAAGGGUCCAUGCCUUCCUCACAGUCAUGCUUACCCCCCGCGUCCCCCCAAGCACCCAUUAAUGUUCACACUGCAUCCUUGCCAGUGGAUCCUGCUGGAGCGGCGGGGACCAUCACACUCCCCGUUCAACAGACCCAACCCAUUGCCACACCCAUGCAGUCUACUGACAUUACCCCUGCAGUACCCCAGCAAACACAGCCUGUCAUGAUCCCUCAGCAGACUAUUGUCCAACAACAACAACAGACAGGGCUGGACCUCAACGCCUCCACCCUUCAGCAACUGCAGCAGCAGAUAGUGCCUCAGGCCACCGUGCUCACACAGCAGAAGGUUGGUGCCAACCUGCCGCCAACAGAAAAUCAGCAGCUCCAGAAGAAUCUACAAGAGCCUCCGCAGCAGGUCUUCGUCCAGCAGCCUGUUCCACCUGUUCUUCACCAGCAGGUGUUGCCUACGCAAACAGGUAUGGAUCAGCUAUCAUUACCACAGCCAGAAGACCAACAACAGAACUACAGGCAGCUGCCAGUAGUGGAUCAGACCACAGUACAACCGCAACAGCUUCAACAACAGCAAACCCUGUUACUACAGCAGCAUCAACAGUCGUUACCGUACGAGGAACAUCAGCUGUACGCCCAGCAACACCUGGAUCAGCAGCUUCACCUUCUACAACAACAACAACAACAACAAACACUUCUACAGCAUCAACAUCAGCCUCCGCCGCAGCUAAAGGAGCAGAGUCAACUAUAUCAGCAGAUUGUCCAGGCUGCAGCACAGAAGGAACCAGAGAGGCAGCAGCCAUGUGGACAACAGCAACAGAACACGAAGUUACAGCAGCAACCACACCAGGAACAGCAACUGCAGCAGCAACAAGCGUUACUUCGACAAUUGGAACUACAGCAGCAGCAGCAACAAGCGCUGAUGCAACAGCAGCUGCAAAUGAAUGCAGUUUUACAGCAGCAGCAGCUACAACAACAGGCUCAGCUACAGCAGCAGCAGCAGGAGCAACAGGCCAAAAUGAAGCAGCAACAAGAGCAACAGCAGCAAGCUUUACUACAGCAACAGCAGGCGGCAGCCAUUAUUCAACUCCAGCAGAGUCAAAGACAAGAUACUGGCCAUUUUCCACCAAGUAACAGUGAACAUCAAAUGCAGCAUCUAGCAGCUGAUUUACAGCAAGUGUGCAUCUCCCAAAUGUCCCUCGGUCAAUUUACGCCUCACACUCCUCUCACACAGCAGGUGAUGGAACAACAACAACAGCAAGCUUUAUUGAUCCAGCAGCAGAAAGCAUUCAUUACCCAGCCGCAGCACCGUACCUCUGUCAUGGAGCCUCACAUUCCACCUGGAGCUGCUGUUGGCUCUGAGGUAAUUCAGCAGCGGGCAUCUGUCUCUCAGGCUCCGGCUCCAGUGACUGCCCAGCCUCUGGACCGAGUUCGUUUUGGGUUGCAGUCCACAGACCAAGUGGCUCAGACAGUGACGGAGGCUUGUGCCAUGAUCCAGGGACAGAGUAAAACCAAUCAGAUCCAGCAAAUGAAUUUGCAUAGUUGUUAUCAAGGACAUGUCCUGCCCACCCAGAGCCAGGGUGCUGUCCUGGCAGCAAUCCAGACCUCAUCCUUACAAAAAACAACUACCCAGCCGCAUCAACCACAUGACCAGAGCCUACUUGUUGACAUGAUGGGCAGACAAAGCCAACCUGCGGCCCAGCCUGCAGCUGCCUCGGCCUCUAUCCCCUGUUGUCAGGUCCAACACCAGCCUCCCUCUCAGCAAAACGCUCAAAUGACAGGGCUCAUGCAGCCGCAGCUCCGGCAGGAAACCCAAGACCUUGUACAUGCUCAGGGUGCCACUGGCCCCUUGACCCCUCACUAUGGCACUCAACUAACCCACCAAGCCGUGCCAGUGGUACAGCAGGAUAUAAAUCACGUUGCACAACAGCUACAGCAGGCAGUACUGACGCAUAAGCAGGUAAUCCUCUCACCUCGCUCUGUCGGUGCUGCCACAACUACAGAUGGUUUAGAUUCUGCAGUUGACCCUGCAAACUUCGCUGCCACUCUUCAUCAUGUGCAACCAGCUGGACAAGCGCAUAUUCCGAACCAAGCUGUUCGGACUCAGCAAAAUCCUCUGGGAUGUACCAGUGAUCCGUCUCUCCUUCAGCCCCUCUCACAGGCUGCUCUGACUCAAACCACCGAGCAAUACCAACAACAGCUGCACAACGUUCCUCCAGUACAUCAGCUGCCAGCUGCUUCUGCUGCCCAGGCUCAGAUACUGACACAGCCAUCUGCAGCACCCUUUCAGCCGCCAGCUCCGAUGCAGCAGGUUUUUAUUCCUCUGGAUGAGACUCAGCAUCUUCACUUAACCAAACCACCUGCACAAACCUUUUCCAAUAUUUUGGCAGAGAACAGCCCAGUUCCACUGCAUGGUCACCUGGCCGCGGCCAUCGCUCAAUCGCCACAUCAUCAGUACAACCAAAUGCUACCACCUCACACGUACCCCAACAUGGGCCAUGUCCAAGCACAAACAUUCACACAAACACAGUCUGUUCUGCCCUGCUCUGUCUUUCCUGCACAACAAACGCCCCUCAGCCCUUCUCAUACCUCCUCGCUCCCAUCUAUUCAUCCUGCUGCUGCCCCCGCUCCAGAGCUGCCCACAUCUCCACCAGCGGCUCAGGUAACCAAACCGAGGCCGGCCGACUUUAUCCCCACCUCUCCUCCGCCUGUCGCUACUCCACAAAUGCUUGACUCUAAUGCUCCCCAACCACCCCAAGCCUCGCUGCAAGACUGUGACCUUUCCCUGCUGGGCAAUGCUCAGGAUGUUCCCAACCUUUCAAGUGCAGAACCUCAUUCUUCUACAGGGCCUGCUACAGCCAGUGGUGAAGAAAUCCUCCCAGCUUUGGCCAAUGACAAAUUAGAAAAAUUAAAAAGCCAAAGAAGAUCUUCCUCCCAGAGACAUGACAAAGUUUCACAUCAAUUCCAGCUCAGCAUGCUCCAGGUGUCCAGCAGUGGGGACAACAUGGUGGAAUGCCAACUAGAAACACACAGUAACAAGAUGGUGACAUUUAAGUUUGACAUCGAAGGAGAUGCUGUGGAGGACAUCGCAGACUACAUGGUGGAAGAAGACUUUGUCCUUGAUGUGGAGAAGGAGAAGUUUAUAGAAGAGCUUAGAACAAUAGUGAAGAAAUCCCAGGAGGUUCUUCAAAUGCACAUUCAAUCCGGGUCAACUGACCAGCUAAAUGUGAGCACACCUACAAGCUCAGCAGACUCUGCUCCCCAUUCCUCUCCAGUGGGACGCUGGAGAUUUUUCAUCAACCAGACCAUUCGCCACAGAGACUCUCUGUCCAACCAGGGAGCAGCCACAGCUCUGCCAACGUCUGAAACGAGGCUUCCUGAGUCUUCAAUGUUAAAGAAAGAAUGUGAAGGCUCCCUAAGUCUGGACUCCUUGACUGGGUUGGCUUCCUGCUCCUGUCCUCCUCUUUUCUCUACCGCCCCUGCAGCUUCUACCAGCUCAGCCACCCCAGUAACAACUGCCCUCACCACUGGCCCUGAAAGCAUCUCCGCACCAGCCUCCACUCUCGAUGCCUCUGUCCCUCUGUCUGCUUUAGGAGGCCUUGAACAGACCGUCUCCCCCGCUGCUUCUCCCGAGCAGAAUUCCAGCGCUCCCUCAUCCUUAGCUAUGCCUGAUGUUGCUAACCUUCCCACUUGUGCUGCUAAUCUUGUGUCCCCCACAGUCAACACUGUUCUCCAUGAUACCUUUACUCCUCCUAACACUAGUGGCGCCACAGUGAGUCAAACUAUAGAAAGUACUGAGGUAAUUCCCAAGUCGUAUGUCUCUGCAGUGGACCACUCCUCCUCCUCCUCUUCUCUUCUUCCUGCUUCUGGAGUGGACUUCCCACCAGUGAGCCAAGGCGGCAUGCAGCAUCCACAUUCUCAACCACAACCACAACAACAACAACCACAGCUGCAGGCGACUCCAGUGCAGCAGCAGACCCCCCAACAACAACCACAGCAAGUCCAACAAAGUCACCUGCAGCAUGGAGAACAACAGCAGCAACUGAUGCAGAAACAACUACAGCAGCUCCACCUGCAACCAGUGCACGCGGUCCAACAGACACAUCUUCAACAGCAAACGGUGCAAUGUGUCCCACAGUCGCAGCAACAGCCACAGGUACAGUUAACGCAGCAUGUGGUGGCGCCACCUGCUCCUGUGGUGACACAACAACAGAGCAUGCAGCUACAGCAACAACAAAGGAUGCAGCAGCAGUUCAUGAGUGCUGCGCCUCCUAAUCCAGAUCAGGGCGCACCUCUGCCUCCGUCAUUAAGUCAACAGUUUCUUCAACUCAACAUCACGCCGGCAUCACAACAGCAGUUCCCACAACAACCUCAAAUCCACGCUGAGCUGGCACAACAGCAGAUUCUCUCACAAAAACAACACGAGGUUGUGAAAGCCAUGGACACGCCGCAGAAACAGCAGCAGUUCGGACUGCAGAAGCAGCUGUCUGUACAGACGUCAGAGUCGGAGAUGUCCACAGGGGAGGCGAGUGUCACAGAGGACACAGGGAGCUACUCCGCCCCUUUCCCCCCUUCCUCUGACUCCUCUCUGCCUCCUCUUCAUCUGGGCAGUGCUGAGACCAGUUUCCCAGCCCUCUCCCUCACCCUGACCACAUCAAUGACACCAUCGCCGGCUCAACCUUCCUCUGUGGCUGAGUCUGACAGUGAAGGUCCUCCAAAAAUUGACUUUGUAGACAACCGUAUAAAGACUCUGGAUGAAAAGCUGAGGAACCUGUUGUACCAGGAGCACAGCAGUGGAGCAGCACUGGUCGGCGGAGUCAUUUCUGGCCCCACGUCAGCUGCCUCCACCUCAGCAGGGGGAGACGAGUCGUCUGAGCUGCAGCCACUCGACCACACGUCUUUUCCCCCACCUGACUCCUCCUCAGAUACUUCACCCCAAUCCUCAACCUCCUCUACCUCUUCUACCACAUCCCGUUCCUCCUCCUCUUCCCCUGAACCUGAGCGGGAUGUAGGACAUGAGGACGCUUGCUCAGAUGUGCCAGACUCUGCAGGGCUGCGUCCAGUGGAGCAGCGUCCCUCACUGCUCUCCACCUCCACAUCGUCACCAAUCCCAGCCGCCCCUCUCCUUUUCACUAGCCGUGAUGAGCCUGCAGAGGCCCAGUGCCCACCUGUACCUGGAGAACCAACUGUUUUUGCUGUCCUUCCACACUCUGACAACAGCAUCACUGGAGACGCACCGUGGCCUCCCAGUCAGCACCAGAUCCCCCUGGGACACGGAGAGCAGCAGCCGCAGCAGCAGAACAAUGCAGGAGGUGGAUAUUUUGGCCUAAACCUGACAUGUCCUAGUAUCAGAAAUCCCGUUAGCAAGAAAUCGUGGACUCGCAAAUUCAAAAACUGGGCGUGCAAACUGCGCCACUCCACCAGCCUUUUCAAGAAACCCAGGGUCCAGCAAGCUACCUCACCCCACCUCACCUCGACACUCCCACCUGCUGGCUCAUACCAGACUUUUGUGUCCUUGUCCUUUGUCUGUCCAUGUACAUGUGUCUGGUUCUGGUUGUGGUCUACUGCCUUCUGUUCUGUGUCAAUCUUGUCAUUUGUCUGCUCUUUUUGCACUAUUUUUAUGUUUCUGAGUCUGUUUCCUCUUUUCUCCUUGUUCAUACCAUUCCUAUUAGAUGGACUUUCCACUUCUCAGACGUCCAGAGAUGAGAAGGAGGUGCCAACCAUAAAUCCAUCCCAGUCGCGCAAUGGACGAUUUCAGGUGACUCCGGUGCUCCAGUCUUCUCCCCCGAAGGAUUUACUACCAGGCCACGUUUGCACUCACAGAAAGGUGGGACGUUUCUCUGUAACCCAGACUGAGAUGAAGAAAGAAGACGGUCCAACCAGCAAAACCACGGCGUCGCCUCAUUAUGAGAGAGAGAGGAGACGAUCGCGGGCGAAAGACGGGGACAAAGACGAAAAUAAAAAAACACAAGUGUCGGCUCAAUCGACCCGAGGUCAUGGACACAACCACUCACCCGUGGGUAGCACUGACGAUGAUGAGAGUGAGCUGGAGGACGAGGACCUAAGAAGUGAACUACAUAAACUCAGAGAGAAGCACAUUAAAGAGGUGGUGUCCCUUCAGGCUCAGCAGAACAUGGAGCUGCAGGAGCUGUACAGACAACUUCGUUCCCUCAAAGACCAAAGGCAGAGUCUGCCCGCCUGCCUUUCUCGAUCCCCUCCUCUUCCCAUGGCACCUGUGAUUUCUCCACGUAGGUCAAGACCAGCCAAAGUCAAACUCCGGCCCAGACCUCACUCCCACAUGGAUAACAACGGAGUGACACAUUCUGUUAUGCAGCAGAAAUGUAGUUUUUCCGGCGGUGAUCAGAACAGGUUAGCCCUUCCCUGCAAUGCUGAGAGCCACCCAUCACUACCAGCUAAAAGAGAUCAGAGUCCUCUACGAAAAAGCACAUUCACAGAUGAACUGCAUAAACUUGUUGAUAAUUGGACGAAGGAAGCCACGGGCCCCAUCCAACCUAAACCGUCACUGAAUCAGCUGAAGCAGAUUCAGCAAGUGCAGGGGUCUGGAGGGUGGAGUCAGCCGACAGAGGUAGCUCCCCCAGGUUGGUUUCCAGUGACAUCGCUGAAUCCACAGACCACCCCCACCCCAACCAGCUUACCUGUGGCAGCCUCCUCUAAUUACACAGGUGGAGGGAACCUGACCAACCUCCCCUCUCCAGGACCUCCACCACAGAUGCACAUGGCUCAGGUGCAACAGCUACAGCAAAAUGUACACCUCCACCAGUCCCUCCCGCUUCAGCAGAUGAUCAGUCAGCAGCCCCCAAACCGACAGCAGAUUCUGCAUCAACGGAUGCAAACUCCAGUUCAGCCUCAGUCGUUACCAACGGCGCAGCCGCCCCCGCUGCCACACUCUCCACCUCAGAGCUAGCCACCGCUGCCUUCCGUCAAUGGCCUCAUCCCCAGAGCCCACGGCCACAUCUCUGCUGCCCCUCAGUGGCAUUGCUGCACCAUUAGAAAGUUGACUUUUGCUUUGGGGCCAACCGUUUGCUCUCGCUCCUUCUACCUGUCACAGCUAUUGCUCCGCUGCUGCUCUACCUUCCUGUGCCAAAAUUCAGUUUACAUCCCGAACCUCGACUCUUCUGCUGGGACACCGAUAAAAUUGAGAUGUUUGAGGCUGAAAUUGUCUAAGAAGACAGUGAGGUUUGACGAUUUGUCUGUGUAAAUUUUGACUGCGGUUAAUCUGUGGUCUAGUGUUGUUUUCAGUGAAAUUGGAGUUAAUGUGAAGAACGGCAGGGACUACAGUAUAUUACAGAGGGUGAAAUGGAACCUACAGACUGGGCUCUAGACGGCAAUGUAUGUUUGGGUUUGGAGAUGUAUUUAGUCAAGUAUGGAUGAGUAUAUGUGUGUGUGGGGGUAGAUGUUUGUGGAUUGUCCAAGUACAUAUCUUUUCAUUGACAUGGUUUCAUGUUCACGUUUUUGUUUUCCCAACAACUCAGUCUGACCUGAAUGUUCCCAGAGCAGAGAUGAGAAGGUGACUGUUUGUUUCUGUUUAAUUUGUCAAAAACCUACAGUAAGGACUAAUUCAUCAAAAGUGCAAUUAGCCGUGGUCAGAAAAAGUGAUCAGCAUGUAUUUUACCGAUUUGUCUCCAAGGCAUAAAAUAUUUUUCUAAAGAAAUCCAUUGACUAAAACUAGAUCUGUACAACAAGCUUUCACUGUUGUUUAAACUCUUUAGGCCAACAGCACAACAGGUUCAAAUGGACCACGAACAAAAUAGACUGCAUGUUGUACAACAGGGCAACAACAUCACUAUUUACUGUACAUUGUGAGUGUCGUUCACCAUAGAGCAUGACUUUUAUUCUGUUUACACCAGAGAGGGAUAAUUCAUAGAAUUUCCAUUCAGAGAAAUGUUUAAUGUGAAGGCAAUUUUAACUUCCUUUCCGUCAGUGUUGAGAAUACCUGCAUAGAUUCAGCCCAAAACUUGCAUGAUGUGAUGAUUAACUUGACUUGUCAGAGUGAAAACUGCCUGCUGUGUAUUCACGAGUCUCACGUGCUGUUUGUUGCCUACCGAAAAUAAUCAAAAGUACAAGCUGCAUUCAGGAUAAGCCACUUUCUUAUUGACAUUUGUGAAUUUUAAUUAAGCCCAAACAUAUCAAAGUAUACUGUGUAUCACUGUGUCAUGCAGUCGUGGGGUCGACAACGAAGAAAACUGCCAAGGUUUAACAGUAAACUGAGACAAGAAAGGUUAUCCCUUUGUUGCCUUUUUAAAUAACUGCAUGUUUUGUGAUUGUACGGAUGUUCAGUUUUGUGUGAAGGACAAAAGAUGUGGGAUUGCGUCAUCGCAUAUACAGUGUUGUUAUUUUCACCUGCUAGUUUAACUGAACACAAACAUCACUGUCUACUUUGUCCAUACCCUGUUCACCCCCCAGGAAAUAAGAGUUCAGACCAUACACCGACUGUAAACUCGGUUUACACCACAACUGUCGGAAUUAUUGUCUGCGUUAACUCUCCAUGUUUUUAAACUGGUUUAGAUCAAACCAGAAGGUUGUUGGUGUGAAAACAUCUCUCUGCCACUGAUCUACAAAAUGUGUGCUUUUUUUGCACUUUGCACAGCAUAACUUUAGUUAAAUUUUUCUUUAUUCAUUUUUUUUUUCAUUCAUUAAAUGUGAGGUUACAUAAAUAAACUGUGUAAUAUAUCUGGAGUGGAUAUAUUACUCUGCAGUAAUGUAUUUUACUUUGAAUCAAUAGUCAGGCCCUAAUCAUUGUUGGCAUGAUAAGUAGCCUGUAGUGGAAGUAGCAUUUUGUUUUAUUAAUGAUAGAGUGUGAGUGCAGCAGAGGUCAGGAGGUCAUACUGUUAGUUAAAGACUGGCUAAAGUCAGUCUAAGAAAGUGAAAAUGGAUAAUGAGUCUAUAAUGAGUACUAAUGUAUGCUGGUAGAUUAUCACACUGGUUUUUGUUGGGUUUGUUUUCCUAACACAACUCACUCUCACAGCAGUGUAGGUCAUUGUUGGUGGAGGUGAGAUACUGUGCUGUCAUUGUUGACCGCAAGCUUCAGCUUCAUGAUGGUGAACCAUGAUUUAAAGCUGGCUUUUUCUUCGAAGUGUUACCAAAAUGUUAUCUAAAAGACAGAGAUUAUUUUUGUAUUCUGAAGAGGGGUUCUACAAACAUAUAGCUGUGUUCUCAUCAUUAUGAAUCAGAGGUUAAUGAAUAAAAAAUAAAUUAAAACAUGGGUUUCCAUAGCUGUUUACAUGGGACUCCCCUUCCUUGAUAUACCUCUGAGUACUGACAGGCCAAGGUCAUUUCCAAUUAUAUUCAAUUAAAUUAUUGUCAUUUAGUGUCCUUAUUUAUUUUUAUUUUUUCAAACCACAGAAACAUCACACAAGAAUUUAAGCUUCCAAGUUAAAUUUGAUGCAUUUUUAAUUUAUUACAACAAAAAGCAAGGCGUCUCAAUGGUUUUACUGACAACCAAUAAUAAAUUGGGCAAAAAUUUUAAAAAAUAAGGCACAUUGCUGGUAAUUUAACCUCUGUAAAUUGUGAUUAAUGACUAAUGACUAAUUCAACAGUUGAUUAUAUUUAUGUUUUGUAACUAAUCUAAAUAAAUGAUGUCAAACAUCAAGUUACAUCGUUGUAUUUCUGUGCCUUUAUUUGAUUUGAAAAGUGAGUGUACUAGUACUGGAGGAGUG